AUGAAGGUUUACGGGAUUUUCAUUUUUGCUCUAUCCCUUGCGGUGGGAGUCGUAGCUGAAGUGGCAUCAGACGAAGUGGCCACUGAUUUGAGCGUUCGUGAUGUUCAAAUGCCCUACCUUGAUAAGAGGACUAUGAAACUCCUCCGCAGAAAGAAAUCGAGCAGCACGUCUUUAUCUAAAAAACCAAAGAGCACCACUAACUCCAAAGUUGGAAAUAUUUGCUUGGUCGGGACCAAAUUUGGACAAUGCAGAUUUGACGGCUCGUGUAAUGCAAGCGAUGACAACAAGCGCGUUGCCGCCUGCAUCUAA